CUGUGUCACAAAAAAAAGGCCGGUGGUAACGUGUGGUGAGACUGCGUAGAUGUGUAUGGAGAUAGCAUAAAUCAAAUCGGUAUUGUAAGCAAUACAAUAAGGUGCACAAUGGGAUCUAUUUUAUUGUUGUCUCCGUCGCCGAGUGAGGGAGCAGUUGUAGUCGUGCGCGCGGAGGGAGUGAAGCGGCUCGCAGGCAGCAGCGCUCAGUCACUCGGAGGCGCUCGUCCCAGGUGGUCGUUGCGCUCAGUCGCUCCGCUCAUUCACUCGCUCACUUCUUCUAAGUCACUCUUCCAGUCACUCUUCCGGUCACUAGCUCACUCAUCAGUCAGUCCACCGGCCAGGCAGUAGCUCGCUCGACCGGGCAGUCAUUUGAGCUACAAUCGGUCCGGUCGGGUGUGUGUGUGUGUGUGAGAGAGUGCGUGCGUGUAUGUACGUGUGUAUGUAUGCGUCUGUAUGUAUGUAUGUGCAAAUACUAUAACUUAACAACGCAAUAAGAACAAAUACAAUACGCAGCACCAUGCUGGCCGCCAAGGAUAACCCGUGCCGCAAGUUCCAGGCGAACAUCUUCAACAAAACCAAAUGCCAGAACUGCUUCAAGCCACGGGAAUCGCAUUUGCUCUGCGAUGAGGAUUUGAAUCAGGCGAAGCCGGUGUAUGGAGGUUGGCUGUGUCUCGCCCCCGAGGGCACGGAUUUCGAGAACCCCAUGCAGCGAUCCCGAAAAUGGCAGCGGAGGUUCUUCCUGCUCUUUGAACAUGGCGGACUGCGCUACGCCCUCGACGAGCUGACGAGCACGCUGCCCCAGGGCACCAUCAACAUGAACCAGGCCACGGAGGUGGUGGAGGCCGAGAGCCGCACGGGGCAGAAGAACUCGCUGUGCAUCGCCACGCCCGACCGCGAGUACUUCAUCCGCGCCGAGACCAAGGAGGAUCUCAACGGGUGGUACGAGAUGCUCGGUCCGUAUCCUCGUGCCAACAAGCAGAACCAGAAGAAAAAGAGAAAGGUGGAUCCUCCCACACAGCAGGAGCCGGGGCCGGCCAAGGUGACGGUGACGAGCACGUCCAUCCCGGCCGUGGAGAAGAUCCCCGACCCCAAGUCGUCGCUGUGGCAGGAGGAGCUCAAGCACAAGGCCCAGCGGAGCCGCUCGCCCUCCGAGGGCAGCGCGCACGACGACACGAGCCACCUGUCAGAAGUGAUGUCGGACCACAGCUCCGUGAACGGAGACGAGACGGACCCGUGGCGCAAGAACGGCUACUUCAUGGCCGCCGAGUCGGGCGGUGCGGCCGGCGGCGCCGGAACCCGCGGUCGGGGCGCCGGCAGCGGCAGCGGCUCCUCCAGCCGCAGCAGCAUGCAGGACGUCGGCAGCCCGGGCAGCGUGGGGCUGGCGCACCUCCUCGCUUCGCCCACGCACAGCGACCCGUUCGCGUCGCCCCUGCCCUCGCCCGACCCCUACGCCAACGGGGGCGUGGGGCGGACUGCGUCGCAGGCAGCGGGAGACGCCGGGCAGCACGGGCUUAGGUACGGAGGCGGCAGCAGCAGCAGCAGGUCCCGGUCAGGAACAAUGGAGGAGGACCUCCCGGAGAGGAUGGAGUUGGAUUAUGACCACGAGCAGGAGAGGGGGGCGGAGAGGCAGGGCCGCAGCGAGAAGCGCGCGUACGCCUUGAGAGAGCAGGAAUGGAAGAAGGGAGACGUGGCGGUGGACAUCUCGCCGGCACCGCACGCGCCCCUGCGCAGAGCCAAGUCCCUGGACAGACGGACCACCGAGUCCUUGAUGACGCCGGACCUACUGAACUUCAAGAAAGGGUGGAUGGUCAAACUGGACGAUGAUUGCCAGUGGAAGAAACAUUGGUUCGUGCUUACUGACCAUGGACUGAGAUACUACAAGGACUCCAUUGCAGAGGAGGCUUCAGACCUGGAUGGAGAAAUCGACCUGUCUACAUGCUACGGUGUCACAGAGGUCCAGGCACAGAGAAAUUAUGGCUUCCAAAUACAGACCAAGGAGGGGUCGUUCACGCUGUCGGCGAUGACGACCGGGAUCCGCAGGAACUGGAUCCAGGCCAUCAUGAAGAACGUGCGGCCCUCUACCGCCCCGGACGUCACAAGCUUCCCGGAGGAGAAGGCGCACGCGAGCACCCUUCCGGACACGGUUCCCAAGCUGGACACGAGGGGCACGGAUGCGUCCCUGCUGGCGCCCGACUCCGCGUACUCCGGCGCCGACGGCGAGCAGCAGCAGCAGCAGCAGUCGUCACGAAAGAGCCGCGCGCGCGACCGACGUCGCGAGGGCCGCUCCAAGACCUUUGACUGGGCCGAGUUCCGACCCAACCACCAGCAGCAGGCGCUGGCCGGCUGCGCCCGCAAUGCCCCCGACGGCGGCGGCGGCGGCGGCGGCGGCGGUGGCGACGGCGACCGUGGGGGCGGCCGCUGCGGCUUCGUACCGGACGAGACGCAGCGCGUCGGCGCCGGCGAACCCGAGCGGGACCGCGCGCGGCGCUGGGAGGAGCGUCGCAAGCGGUACAGCUCCACGGAGGUGGAGGACGGGGCGAUGGACGUGGAGGACAGGGGCCUGAGGCCCCCGGUGACCCCGCCUGCGCCGCCGCCGGCGCAGCAGCCACUGUCGCCGGCGCACGACGACAUGCAGGACGAGAUCGAGCAGAGGUGGCAGCAGGUGGAGCAAACGCCGCUGAGGGAGAGCAAGCAGGUGCCCAUCCACAGUCACCUGACACCCACGGCCCAGCGCCCGCCCACCGACGGCCUGGUGGAGCUCCUGGAGAAGGAGAUUGAGGCGCUCAAGCUGCAGCUGCAGCAGACGCAGCAGGAGUUGACGUCGCUGCAGGAGCGGAACAGCAGCCUGCACAGCCAGCUGACGGAGGCGCUGCAGCGCGAGCAGAGCACGCGCCUCGGCUACGUCUCGCAGUCCGGCGCGCUGGCCGGGGCCGGCUCCGGCGUCAGGCAACAACUCCGCCGCCUCAACAAGGAGCUCCGCGCUGAGCUGGAGCGCCAGCGGGAGCGGCUCGAGCUGGUGACGCUGCAGUCGCGCACGCUGCGCCAGAGUUACACCGCGUCCCGGGAGCUCAUCCAGCGGCAGGAGGCCGAGCUCGCCUCGCUUCACAAAUGCGUCGAGGUGCUUUCGGCCGAGCGAGCGGCGCUCGAGCAGAGCCUCGGCGAGGCGCUGCUCGGUCGCGAGGAGGAAAGGGCCGACGGGCCGGUCGAGGGUGCGGCGGCCGCGUCGGCGGCGGGCGCGAGCGAAGUGGCGGCGCGGCUUGGGGAGAGCGAGGCGAAGUUAGAGGCGGCGAGGAGCCUCCUGCUGGAGAAGACGCAGGCCCUCGGCGAGCUGGAGCGGCAGGUGGAGAUGCAGGGCAACCAGCAGGAGGUGGUUCAGCGCUUACGGGAGCGCCUCGAGGAGGCCACCGAGAGGCUGCGGGCGAGCGAGCGGGAGUUGGCGAAGAGCCGCGAGGACUUCGAGGCCCGGCGGCGGGCGCUGCUGGAGACGCAGGAGGCGAAGACGCAGGGCAUCCGCCGGAGACUGCAGGAGCUGGAGGACGCUCUGAAGGAAAGGGAGGAGCGCGUGGAGAAGCUGGAAACAUGCGUGGACCGUUUGGAAAACGAGAAGGUUGCGGCUGUCCUGGAGAAUAGGAAGCUGGAGCAGAAGAUGAGGGACGACGAGGUUUCAUUGGAAAGUCUGCAGAGGUCAAAGGAAACUGUUGAGGAAGACAAUCAGCAGUUAUACCAGAGGCAAAAGGAGGUCCUAAAUCAGUUGUCAGAAUCAAAUAAAGAGAACUCCAGGAUUAAGGCAGAACUUGAAUAUCUGCGCGAAUACAGGAGCAAACACAAUGAUUUUACGGACAAUGUUAACCCCACUGGUCACGAUUCCAACGGUUCUUCCAAAUGUCAGUGCAAAGAGGAUUGCGAGCGUUUACUUAAAGAGCUGGACUCUGUAAAGGACGAUUUACGCACACAGCGCAUUUUAAAUAGGGAACUUGGUGAGUCGUACAGCGAGCUGUCGCAGGACAUGGAGGCACUUAAGGUCGACCUUGAGCAGCAGUGCACAGAGAAAAACGAGAUUAAGGACUUCUACGAAAGUCUUUCCCAAGAAAUGGAACGGGUGAGAGCAAUCCUGAAAGAGACGGAUUUCCAAAUCAACUGCUUUAAGAAUGAAUGUGAGGAGCAGCUAGAGAAGGUUAUGCCGGACAUACUGGAUCGGCUGAACACCGUGGCGAAGAAUCUCUCGGAAGCCGAAAAGAGGCUGGAAUUCGGACAGGAGGAGCUGCGAAGGAUGAGUGGAAACAAGGUGCACUCGGAGGACGAGAAGGGACGGGCGGACCUGGUGGAUCAGCUCCAGCAGGAAGAGGCCAAGGUCUCGAGUCUGCAGGCCGAGCUGGGAGCCCUGCAGCAGAGCUACGAGCAGCUGUCCCUGAAUCACACCAAACUGAAGGAGGACUACGACGUCUUAGAAACCGCUCACAACAACUCGUGCAAGGAGUGGGAGCAGAUGAAGUUCAAGCGGGGAUUCUUCAGAACGGUGCAGCAGUCGGAGGCUGCUCAUCGCUUUCCCGUGAGCAAAGGGUUCUCGUUGAAAGAGGAGUCGAGCAGGCAACAGGCCAUGGCAAGGCAUGUCGAAGUGCCGUCGGCAGGAGCCCUGGGCGCUGGUUCCAAACGCAGCUUGUGGGGACAGAGAAGUGCGGGCUCGUCAAACAGCUCCGGGAAUGAAACCUUGCGCAACCAAAGUGGCGACGAGCAAAUCUUCCCGCUGUCGUCGAGGGAAGACUCCUUGCAGGAGUUCUCGGGCAAGAAAGUCCAGCCGCCCGUAGACCUGGAUUCGACUUCCAGCUCGGCGGGGCUUAAGAUUCAAAGUCUGGAGGCCAAGCUUCUGGCGACGGAGGAGAAGUUGAGGGUGGUGACGGCUUCGCUCGUCGAGCAGAAGGCGUGGGAGAUGGAGUCUCGAUCGGAGCAGCUGGCCCAAAAGAUUCAGGCCGAAAAGACCAGCCAGGAGCAGCUGCAGGCCAGCGAGGAGGAACUUACGGCCCUCACCGCACAGCUGCAGAUCGAGAAGAGUCAGAGGUGGAGGUUGGUUGACGAAACGGACAAGCAUCUGCAAAAGUUGGAGGCAAAAAUCGCAGAGGUGCAAGAAACAAUAAUAGCAUGCAAGGGUAAAGUUGAGAAAAUCCUCAAAGAUAAGCAAGUGGCGGAGUCGCAGGGGAUCAAAAUUCAGUCGCUCUCAGAGGUAGAAAGAGCUCUGGCGAAUGUGAUUCACAGCCUGGAGCAGACAUCACUGGUGCAAGAAAAGCAGGAAGCUGCCCGUGGAUCAGAAGUAGAGGGUCAAGAGGCGUCGUCGGGAUGCUGCCAGACUUUGCCCCAAGAUGAAAACCUACAGGCGCUGGCGGGGAAGCUGGUGUCCGAAGCGUUGAUCAUGGCCAGGCUCAUAAGUGUCCUCCACAACACCGGCCUGCACAGCUUGGCGAGCGUCGACGAGCUCAACGUGGAGAUCGAGAAGCUGGCGUCCGUUCAGCACGCUGUCAUUGUCGGGGAAGCGUCGCAAGGUGGCGACUCGUUGACGAGGAAGCUUCUUCUGGAGGGGGAGUUUUGGACGGAGUUGCAGCAGUUGAAGGUGGAGCUGCAGGCCGACUCCACGGAGGAGUCCAGCUCCGAGCCCUCGGAAAUCAUUCAGUUCAUAAGCACAUUGGUGGACAGUACGUUGCUGAGGGGCGAGCUUGCGCUCGUCCUCCAGAGCGUCCAGAAGUCGGUCGACAAAAAGUUUGGCGAUCUGCAGAGCGAGUUGAGCGUAGCUCUGCAGCGUGUGCAGAACCACAAGAAGAUGCUCCAGCGUGUCAUGGAGGCUUGCAAAAUAUCCACCCUGGUGGAGGUGCGCGAGGCUCUGGAGAAGUGGGUGGAGCACGCCGAGGGAGCGGAGAAGCUGGGCAAGGUCAAAAAAUGUGGCGAUGCAAAGGAACCAUUGAGAGAACAUUGCAACGAGCCGCCAGGUGGCAAUUCCCAAGCUCAGAUGGAGAAUCUGCAGGGUGGACAGUGUGCAAGUGUGGAGUUGGCAGAUCCUGCUCUGGAGCAGAUCGCUUCCGACUCGGAGGCAGCUCUGAGAGUCGAGUGUGAGGAACACAUUUUGACAAUUUCAAAGCUCCGACAAGAGCUGGAGGAACUUCGAGCCGCAAAAGAUUCACAGUCUGAGCCGGCCCAAGAGCUGGAAGGCACUGCCAAUAAAGAAAAGAUGGUCAUGGCGAAGGACAAAACCGAGAUGGCAGCGAGGUUCAAGCAGCAGCUCUACGACUUGACCGACGUUUACGAGGAGAAGAUCGAAGGUCUGACCGCAAAGUUUGAGGAGGCCGAAGAACUGCUCAAGACCAAACUGACGGAGAAAGAAGAGCAGAUAUUAAAACUGACGGCCUGCAUAGAGGAGCUGGAACGGGAGCACUCUGAGAAGUUUACCCAGCAGUUGCAGAACGUGGAGGCGUCCCGGCGAGGCGCGGAGCGGCUGCACAGGGAGGAGCUCGACAAGCUUCGCCAGGAGUUCACGCUCAAGAUGAAGAGCCUGCAGCAGGAGGACCGCAACGAGCCUCUCGCCGGGCUGCAGGAGCGGCUCCGACCGAAGGCCAAGGAUCUGUGGAGGCCUUCGCAGGAGGAGGCGUCGCCGACCGUGCACCCGAAGCAUCAGCAUCAUCAGCGGGACCUGCAGAAGGGUGCGAGCGAAAACACGGUCGAGUCGUUUGAGAGCGCCCAGGAGGACGUGAGUGACGCCCCGCGGCGGGGACGCGCUGCGGUCGAUCCGCUCGCAGUUCGAGGCGCUCCAGCUCCAGCUGUCCGCGUUCCCGCGUCACGCCGGACAGGGACGUCGCCGAGACGGACGUUGGCGCGCUGCACGGCAAAACACCAGGCAGACGUUGAGAGCCUAAAGGCGACGUGCGAGCGCGGGUUUGCCGCGAUGGAGGAUUCGCACCAGAAGGUGAUCGAGGAGCUCCAGCGAGCCCACCAGGCGGAGCUGGAGAAGCUGCGCUUGGAGAAGGACAAGCUCCUGGCAGAGGAAACGGCCGCCACCAUCGCAGCGAUCGAAGCCAUGAAGAACGCCCACCGGGAGGAGCUGGAGCGGGAGCUGGAGAAGGUGCGCAAGUCGGAGACGCACAGCGUCAACCGGGACAUGGAGGCGGUGCACGAGCAGCACGAGGAGGAGAUGAUGUCGGUCCAGCGUGAGAUCGAGGUGCUGUCGGAGCAGUACUCCCAGAAGUGCCUGGAGGGGGCGCACCUGGCCCAGGCCCUGGACGCCGAGAGGCAGGCGCUGCGGCAGUGCCAGCGCGAGAACCAGGAGCUGAACGCGCACAAUCAGGCACGCGGCGCAGCCUUAGCGGCGGAGAUCAGCCGGUUACGGGGCCUGGGCAGCGCCGAUGCGAGCGGCUCUCCCGUCACGCAGGGCGUGUACGAGCUGGAGGUCCUGCUGCGCGUUAAGGAGUCGGAAAUUCAGUACCUUAAGCAGGAGAUCAACUCUCUGAAGGAGGAGCUGCAGACGGCCCUGAGGGACAAGAAGUACGCGGCGGAUAAACACAAGGACAUCUACAAGGAGCUGAGCUUCGUGCGCGCCAACGCGGAGCGCGACAUCGGCCGCCUGCAGGAGCAGGUGGAGUCGCUGGCCGAGGCCCUGGGGGACCGCCAGCCGCCAGGAAGGCAGCCGCGCCGGUUUUCGGUGAGCGUCGUGUCCCCCAAAGUCAAAAGAUUUCCCCAUGCACAUCAUGAAGUCCAAGAGCAACCCCGACAUUCUGAAGAUGGGGCGGCGUCCUCCAGCAAGCGGGCCUACCGGGCCCUGCGCUCAAAGAGCCUAAAGGAAGGCCUGACUGUUCAGGAACGGAUGAAGCUUUUUGAGCACACGGAAGCGAAGGAGUUCUGAGCGGCGUCACUUUGCAUGCACACGUCUGUAUAUACUCGUUUUCACCCCUUCUCCUCCUCACUACCCCCAACCCCGGCGCACGCAGAUCUGUGGGGCAUAAACCACGAGGAUCACCGUGCACCGCCGACCCCCCUCCCCGCCCAUCGUCUUAUGCAUAGUUAGCCGACAGACAGACCAGCAAUAUAGAGUGCUGCAUUAUAAAAGUCUGAAUCUUCUUAAAACGCGCUGUGGCCGAAGCAUUAGCUCCGUGGUUUGUAAUGCACGAAGCAAGCGUUGUACGCUCUCACUUGGCUGUAAAUGCGAUGCGCAUGCAACCCCGGUACCCGCCUGCACUUGGUGAGAUUUUUUUAUUUCUUUAGGAGGUACCCCCUUGACCCUUAACCCCAACCUCCCUCUGCUACAUUUAGUGAGAUCGUGAGCCCCGUUAAGACGUCAUAUAAUGCAGAGAGCGACACUGUGAAAUGGUACUACGUGUGUAUAUAUACGUUGCUUUAGAGAGAUUAGUUAGGAGUACGGUGGGGAAGUGGCUGCUGCGUUAGGCGUAUGGAUGAGGGUUAGCCGUGUGUCGUUACGCGUACCGUGAGUGUUCGUGUUUAAAAAAAAGUUCCACCCCCCCCGCCCCCCAAUUUUAUUACUUCGUAUGGCAGCAACCCCCCCCCCCCCAACUCACUUCACACUACAGAGACGAGACUUAGGUAAUGGUCGCACGAGAAGAGCUACUGAGCUGUAACGCUUGAGAUGCACCCUUUUCCCUGUUCACACCGUAUUUAUUGACCAAUUGUGUAACCCAUUUUUUUUGUAAGGUCACUGAAAAUCCCACCGACUGGACGUCGCCCGUUUGACGUUGCUUUCCCUUCGGGUGCGACCACACUGUUGAUCGGCGGAAACUUAAUUUGGAUAAAAAUAAGCUCGCCUCGCUCCGACGUGAAAGCAAAUCACCGAGGUUCGAUCUGUAAAACAAGCGGUUCUGGUGGGUUUUUUUUUUCACUGACCCUACCCAUUUUUAGGCUCUUCACACUAGAGAAUCCAACCAGUUAUUUGUAAAUACAAAUAACCAUUAAAGUAUUUUUGCACCUACA